UAUGUGGUGGUCGGUGUCACAGCAUAUAUCGCAUAUUCACGCUUUAAUAACCGAAUAAAUGUGUAUGAUUUGUUUAUAUGUAACGGUACAAGACUCAAAAUGCGGUUCGACUCAAUGUGACUUCAGUAUGAAGCCGCGGUUCUAUGCUCUCGGCCUUGAUGAAUUAAUUGGCAAAGUGGUGUUCAAAACACCGGGAUAAUUAUAAUGCGAUUCCUCGUGUUAUCAAUCCUGGCCCUCUCCAGCCUGUCGCAAGCUCAAGAAAGUGCUCAAUACCUUCACAAUGCCAUAAAGGACUUAAGAUAUAUGAAAGGUCGCCAGACACUGAAACGAGUGGACACAACAGCCGUUCAGGCAAUAGUCCCCGACCCCGAGCCAACAUCAGCCCCAGCCCCGGCUCCAAAAGCGGCCGAACGACGCAUGCAAGGGGGCAAAAGUGUCCCACCUUUGUCCCUCACAAAGGGCGAACUUGCAGCUCUGUACGAAGCUGCAGUCUCAAAAGGCGAAACUGUCAAGUUAAACACAGGGGACAACUCUUACAUACAUGCAGCCGUGCACGAAAUGAGUGAUUCCCCGAGUUAUGACCACGAAACCAAAGCCGGAAGUGGCACAGACGUGAACGAAGGGGAUGACGGGACAGGGUAUUAUUACUACUAUUACCCUGUGAAGAGCUUCUUAGAUGAUAUGGCCUCGCAAUCGACUUCGCACGACUACCAAUACAGCUCGACGAAUCACAAGGAUACCAAGCACACGUCCGAAAAACCCCACUAUCAUCAGUACCAUUCACACACGCACCAGCACAAUGUUAAAAUAACUUCGACCAAGGAGAUGGCCCCCGAAAAAAAAGACAAGAAGGCGCUCGAGCCCCUAUUUAUGGCAAUUUCUGGCUUCAUUGGAAUGGCAGUGAUGUUCGUUUUAUCGGUGCUUGUGUUCCCGAAAUUCGGGAUUAAAAAAACCCGCGGGAACAUAAAGGGCGGGAUUAAGAAAAACGAACGGAUUACUGACAUCGCACGCGUUGCCCUGCAAGCCAUCGAGGGGAAGGAUUGUGCCGAAAGGUUCGCCUGCGAGUUGGAGAAAACGGCUCGAGCGUUUAAUCUGCAGGAUAAUCGAUUUGUGAAGUUGUUGAAGCGAAUGGCGCCCAGUUCGUUCGGGAAACAAAUGGAUAAGGUUGGGAGGUAUAACAAUAAAAGACUUAGGUGCACUGCGAUUCCUUGUAAAAAGAAAAAUCCGCCGAAGAAGAAGGCAGGCACCCAGAAGAAACCCUAAUUGCCACCAAAGUUUUUAAUUUAGGAGCUAACUUAUUUAUUUAUUUAUUUGUACAUUUGUGUUAAAGAAAACAACAAUAUACGCAUGAAAUUAUA